GUCAGACCUUAAACCUCGUUCACGCCCUAGAAGACGCCGGACUGACCAACCAGGAUAUCUACGGGCCUGUACGCAGACUUCUCAAGCGCCUUCAACACCAUAUCACAUGACCGCCUACUGGAAAUUAUGUGGGACCUGGGGAUACCCCAGGACUUGAUACGCAUAGUACAAAACCUUUACGCAAAUGCCCGUACUUACAUACCAGCUAGGACGCGCGCCCCACUCGCAAUUUACCAGCGGGUGGGGCGGCCAAUAGGCCCGCUUCUUAGGUGAAUGGGGCGGUCCCACGCAAAUCGUAACUAUAUCGAAAGUUGCAAAUCCACAUGCAAAUAGCUCAAAAUGCAUGCCCGGAAGCCGCGAGAGAAGUUCCCCGCGCUCCCGGCCCACCAUCGCCCCCCAUCAGACCCCUGCAUGGCCCUUUGCACACGCGAGCAGGCGCUGUAGUCUGCACGCCUCAUCUCUAUACGCUGAUCACACUUAAUCGCAUCCUAAAACAUUACCCGGGAUACUACACCGCGCUUCCGGCGACGGAUGUGGACCCGCAAGCUCUGGGCCUAAGCGUCAUGGCAAGUCUUGUUGUUUCUCUUGAAUGAUGCGCCCAUUCAUGCGUAUGGAAAAGGCGCCUGAACUUCGCCUUGCAACAUUUUGCGUAGGCACCUAAAUCGCUUGCCGCCAGCGUCAGCCAUAACUGCCGUCUGAAGCUUAAACUUUUUAACAAGGAGGUUGACGAACAACACACCCGCUUCAUCAGCGGUCAAGGACAUAAUCGUCGAGUUCCUGGAAGCCAUGCAUGGCGUCAGAGUCAAGAAGUUUCCGCAGUACAAGGCCAAGCUGGCUGCCAUGGCUAGCCUGGACGAGGACAGCCCCAUCACCUCCCUGCCUACCAACAAGUUCAUCCGGUUCUGGGCUAGGAGGGGUGCGCAGCUCGUACUCUCCGCCCUACGAGAGUACCAGAGCGAGGGUGGUGCAGCUGUGAACGGGGAGGGCGGGGAGGGCGGGGAGGGCCAGGGCGACAGCGAGGGUGGAGGCACGGAGGUUGGCGAGGGCGAGGGUGAGGGUGGUGGGGCUGGCGGAGGCGGAGAAGACGGCGACAGCGGUGAGGGCACCAGCCCAGGCGCCAAGCUGCCACUGCGUCUAGGGGGCUUGGUCUCCAGCUUGCUCUGCAACAAGGGGCGCCUGGAACGGGGCGAGUGGAAGACGUGGCAGUACUCCGGCGGGGGCUGCAAGUGCGGCGGCUCCUGCCACGCUGCCCGGGUGUACCUCAGGUGGCCGGAUGGCCUGCCCCUGGUGUGCUAUGCCAGUGGGCACGUGCACGGCACCGUCGCGAUCCACACGGCCGUGGUUGAGUGGGCGUGUAAUCACGACCCCGCCUUCAAGGCGGACUACGAGAGGGCGGUGGCCGAGCGUGAAGCAGCGGCCAAGCAGAGGAAGGAGGGUGGAAUGCAGGCGGCUGGAGCUCGGGACAUGCGGCAGGCAACUGCACGCGGAGUGACGGCUGCCAGUGAUGAGGACAACAACAUCGAGCUGGGCACAGAGGCGCCGCAGCGCGGGAACAAGCAGCCCAAGCCUGGCAGCAAGAGCCGUAGGCAGCUGACAGAUGCGGAGGCGGCGGAGGUGGUGGCCACGUACAAGGAAAAGCGGGCGGCGGGCCUGAAGAACAAGGAGGUGUGGCCAGCAAUCAAUGCCGCCCUGGGCAAGGACUGGUCCAGGAACAAGAUGGAGGCGGCGGCCAAGGCUGCAAGAAUUUGGACGCAGGACCGUCGUGGCCCCAAGAGCAAACGCAACGACGACCUGGAGGAGGAGGAUGCGCAGGACUCUGAGGGGGAUCCUGUGCCGGGGCUCAGUCCGGACGCGCCCGCCAGCAAGUUGGGGCAGACGGGCGGGCAGUUGAAGGCGGGCAGUUGAGGGUGGGGAGGGUGGGGGAACACUAGAUCCAAAUCCAUGAGCGCAAGAGACAAGGAAUGCUGAUUGUAUUGGUAUUGGGUAAAGGGACGUGAGAGAGACAAGGAAUGCUGAAGAUGAUGCCUUAUUAACAUCAGGGAUGGCGGUGGCAAGGCGUAGGCGAGGCGUAGGCGAGAGCAGGCGACACUUGUAAUGCAGGCGAUACGUGUAGAGCAGGCGACACUUGUAAUGCUAGAGCUCAGCGUCUCCCGUCAGCGUCUCCUGUCUCCCGUCCGCAUCGCAAGUGCUUUGCAAGUAGGGUCCCGGGUUGCAGAACAUGCACGGUAGGGACUUGCAGUUUACACCCAAACGCGGUGACGACAGUCCACUGACCGAUUUAUCAAUCCUGCAGCAGCACGCGGGCACUGGAGUCGACGCCUGCUUCAACAAUGUUCGCAGAACGUGCCAGUGCGUGUGAACUCAGCCUAAGUUCCUACAGUAU